CUCUUCAUCGAAGGAUAGAUUGCUCUCUUCUGUGGUGGAUCUCCGUGACCAGGAGAUCACAACUCGAUGCUUAUUUGUGUAUGAUCUGUUGUUUAACUUGAAGAUUAACUGCGCAGCAGCGGCGGCGGCGGAAGAAGCAGAAGAACAAGAAAGAGAUCAGUAAAUGACGUCGUUCGUUGAGUUUCAAGAUCCUGAAACAAAGCAAAAUUCCUAUAGCAGGAAACAGAAAUCUUUGGGGCUGUUGUGCUCUAAGUUUUUGAGCUUGUACAACCGUGAUGGUAUUGAAUCGAUUGGAUUGGAUGACGCUGCGAAUCGAUUAGGAGUUGAGCGGAGGCGGAUCUAUGAUAUAGUCAAUGUCUUGGAAAGCAUUGGGAUUCUAGCGAGGAAGGCAAAGAAUCGAUACACAUGGAAAGGAUUUGAAGGAAUUCCGCAGACUUUCGAGGCGCUUAAGGAGGAGGCUUUUAAAGAGAACUUUUCCAACACCUUCGAUGCUAGUAACUGUGACAAAGUUAUCCUAUCACCCAAGGUUUCAGAUGACGAAGAAGAUGAAAAGUCUGUUGAUCCAAACAUUCCAAGCAGGGAAGACAAAUCAAGCUCCAGUUCUAUUAUUUCUAGAAUUUCUGCAUCCUCCAAACCUGGUGACAACAGAAGAGAGAAAUCAUUGGGAAUUCUUACACAGAACUUUGUCAAGCUUUUUCUCUGCUCUAAUCUAGACUUGAUUUCCCUUGAAGAUGCUGCAAGGAUAUUGCUUGGUGAUGCCAGCAAUUCAUCUCAGAUGAGAAAUAAUUCUGCAGCAAAAGUUAGACGAUUAUAUGAUAUUGCGAAUGUUUUGUCUUCCAUGAAUUUUAUUGAAAAGAUCCAUCAUCCAGAGAGCAGGAAGCCUGCAUUUAGGUGGCUGGGAUUUGGGGGGCAACCUGGCAAUGGAUCAGCGGGUUCUUUUGAUUUGAAGGACUCCAGAAAAAGAGUGUUUGGGACUGAGAUUACAAACGAUAAUUUUAAGAGAAACAAAGUAAAUUCCUUGAUGGAUGAAAAGGCUAACCGGAACCCUAACCUCCAAAUGCAAAUGCAAUUGAACCAUGAUAAUAUGAAAAAUGAUAUGGGCAGAAACCAGAUCGAGCAACAACCAAAGCAAAGCUCCAAGGGUUUUGUGUUUGGACCUUUCAGUCCAAUUGUUAUGCCUAAAGUAGGUGAAGCCAGCGAGAAUAAUGUCAAAAGAGUUCAGGACUGGGAGAGCCUUGCCACUUCUUAUCGUCCUCAGUAUCACAAUCAAGCUCUCCAAUCAAGAUCGCACAGCUGUGAAAAAGUGUCGACGAUCUUUGGUUCGGGAGGUUCACAAUCAGACAGGGAAAGAGAAAAACAGAAGCUUUGAACGACCUCUUUGCUCAUUAUUUAGAAGCAUGGAAGUCGUGGUAUGUCGAAAUUGCCGGAAAGCAACCGAUAGAACAGUUUUCUUGAUGCACUUUAAACUUUUUAAUAGCAGUGUACAUCAAUGAAAUACCAAUUUUUUUAAGUACUUUCAUUUUUGCAUUUUCUUGGGGGGUAAAGAUGGGCCUUGUUGGGUACUUGGGUGCAUGUUUUCAAUGCUCCAACUGUGAUGCCUACACCAUUUCACCCCCUUUUUUUAAAUCUUUGAAUUGAAUAAAUAAUUGUUUCCGGGUUGGUGACCCAUUAUAAAGAUUUGUUUACCUUGCUA